CAUCGAAUAGGCCCAAGAAUGAGAAUAGUUGAGAACUGGGCAACGGUUCUUGAAAGCUUCAGUUCAUAGACAAAACCCUUACAUCUCUCUCUCUCUCUGUGUAUGUAUUAUUAUUGUUGGUAAUUAACACUCAAAGCAGAGCUUAACAAUGUCUUCUACACUGGAAAUCGAAGCUCGAGAUGUCAUUAAGAUAGUUCUUCAAUUCUGCAAGGAGAACUCUCUGCAUCAAACUUUUCAGACAUUGCAAAAUGAAUGCCAGGUUUCUCUUAAUACUGUGGACAGCCUUGAAACCUUUAUAGCUGAUAUUAAUAGUGGAAGAUGGGAUGCAGUGCUACCUCAAGUUGCACAACUUAAGCUACCUAGAAAGAUACUGGAGGAUUUAUAUGAGCAGAUUGUUCUAGAAAUGAUUGAACUUCGAGAGAUGGAUACUGCACGAGCUAUUUUAAGGCAAACCAACGUGAUGGGUGUCAUGAAACAAGAACAACCAGAAAGAUAUUUACGGCUCGAACAUCUACUAGUUCGGACUUACUUUGAUCCACAUGAGGCUUAUAAUGAUUCAACCAAGGAGAAAAGGCGCGCCCAAAUUUCCCAAGCACUUUCUGCUGAGGUUUCUGUUGUUCCACCAUCACGCUUAAUGGCUUUGAUUGGUCAAGCCUUGAAAUGGCAGCAGCAUCAAGGUUUACUGCCACCUGGAACACAGUUUGAUCUAUUCCGAGGAACAGCUGCUAUGAAACAAGAUGAAGAGGAUAUGUAUCCGACAACACUCGGUCACACUAUUAAGUUUGGUAAGAAGAGUCAUCCAGAAUGUUCUAGGUUCUCACCGGAUGGACAAUUCCUUGUCUCAUGCUCAGUUGAUGGAUUUAUUGAGGUCUGGGAUCACAUAAGUGGAAAACUGAAGAAGGAUCUUCAAUACCAGGCGGAUGAAACUUUUAUGAUGCAUGACGAUGCUGUGCUUUGUGUUGAUUUUAGCAGAGACUCGGAGAUGCUUGCGUCUGGGUCACAAGAUGGAAAAAUAAAGGUCUGGCGUAUAAGGACUGGUCAGUGCUUGCGUCGCCUUGAACGUGCACAUUCUCAGGGUGUCACCAGUCUUGUCUUCUCUCGAGAUGGAAGUCAGAUCUUAAGCACAUCCUUUGACAGCACAGCAAGAAUUCAUGGCCUGAAGUCAGGUAAAUUGUUAAAAGAAUUCCGUGGACAUUCAUCUUAUGUGAAUGAUGCCAUCUUUACCUUUGAUGGAUCUCGAGUCAUCACCGCAUCUAGUGACGGCUCAGUGAAGGUCUGGGAUGCCAAAACUACAGAGUGUCUGCAGACAUUUAGACCACCUCCUCCUUUAAGGGGUGGUGAUGCAUCUGUGAAUUCUGUCCAUCUUUUCCCUAAGAAUACAGACCACAUUAUAGUGUGCAAUAAGACGUCAUCUAUUUAUCUGAUGACACUUCAAGGACAGGUUGUCAAAAGUUUCUCAUCUGGUAAAAGAGAAGGUGGAGACUUUGUGGCUGCUUGUCUAUCACCAAAAGGGGAAUGGAUUUACUGUGUAGGUGAAGACAGGUCGAGUUAUUCUGAAACUAUUACUGCUCUCUUUUAUCUACUUUUGAGCCGGGGGGUCUAUCGGAAACAGCCUCUCUACCUAUCACUACAAGGUAGAGAAACUUGUACUGCUUUAGUUAUCAAUCAAACAAACUGGAACAUCUGAUGAAGGUACAUGAAAAGGAUGUAAUUGGUAUCACUCACCAUCCCCAUAUAAACCUUGUCGCCACCUAUGGAGAAGACUGCACCAUGAAGCUAUGGAAGCCUUAAACAUUCUUUGCCAUGUUGAAUGCCUUCGUGUAAAAGUGGAAAAGCCUUUUGCAAGAUUGUUUCCUGGUGCUGACUUUGGGGGGAUGAUACAGUAAAACUUGGUGUUUAGUGUAAUGUUAUUUUCAUAAUCGAUGUAUAUUUAUCUCCGAUUUCUGAUCUUUUUUCUAUUUGAACUGUAGUCUAUUCAGUCAGAUGCCUCAUGAGUGUCUCUACUAAAACCUUUAGUAGCAAAAGAAAUUUAUGCUUUGAGUAA